AUGCUUACCUCUAGUGGAAGGUACUAUGCAGCAGACUGGAAAGAAUGGGCCAAGCGUAUUGUCGUCAUCAAUGGCCUCUUCGUUGACCUCAACUACAUAGUCUGCAUGUUCCAGUAUGAUUCUAUUCAUGGCAAGUUCAAAGGCAUAGUCAAGGCUGAGAACCAGGAAGCUUGUCAUCAAUGGAAAGUCCACCUCCAUCUUCCGGGAGAUCCCACCAACAUGAAAUGGGGUGAUGCUGGUGCUGAGUAUGUUGUGGAGUCCACUGGUGUUUUCACCACCAUGGAGAAGGCUGGGGCUCACCUGAAGGGUGGAGUCAAGAGGUUUGUCCUUUCUGCCCCUUCUGAGGAUGUCCCUGUGCUUGUGAUGGGCGUGAACCAUGACAAGUAUGACAACUCCAUGAAGAUUGUCAGCAAUGCCCCCCGCACCACCAACUGCUUGGCCUCCUAGGUCAAGGUCACCCAUGACAACUUUGGCAUCAUGGAGGGACUCAUGACCAUAGUCCGCAUCACUGCCACCCAGAAGACUGUGGAUGGCCCCUCUGGGAAGCUGUGGCAGGUGGCUGAGGGGCUGCCCAGCACAUCAUCCCUGCUUCCACUGGUGCUGCCCAGGCUGUGGGCAAGGUCAUUCUUGUUUGCACGACAUCCUGAGGCCCGGAGUCGGCUUCCAGCGCGCCAGCGCGUCUCGGGCGGGAAAGGGAAGGCGAGGGGUGGUUCCAGGGCCUCGGCGCGGAUUCCCCGCCACCCUCGGGCCGUUCCGGGAAGCCGGCCUUCCGGAGGCGGCGCGGCGGCCACGGCCAAGCCAAGGGCCCGGGGAGCGGGCCAGGCCCAGCGGGCGGCCGUGGAGCGGGGGAGCGAACACUGGGCGCGCCUUCGCGCUAAACGCUUCCAGGCUUGGCGCUUCAGAAAACUGGAGUCCAGGCUGUUGUUCAGAAGACGGAAGCCACUCCUGGUGGUUGUGGAUGACUCCACAGCGGAGUGGGCAGCUGUGAGGCACUGCGCCCCCUGUCGCCGCAACCGUCUCAGCGCAGACUGGAGGCCCCCUGGUGCCAAACAAGCUCCUGGACCCCCUCUGGCUUACUUGCUCCGAAAUCAGUUCUAA